AAACAGUAGUGGAAAUGACACAAUGUAAUCAAAAAAGUAGGCUAUAAUACUAAAUGUGUUCGCUGGGUUUCUGAAUCUCUAGGAUGAUGUUCCUGGGCUAUACAGCUCUGCUUUUAUGUUGGAUAUGUUGUACUGCAGAAAGAGCUUGUGAAGAGCCUCCUCCUAGGAGGGUUAAAGAAGUGCCUACUGAAACAUGGGACAAACCUCCCUAUCAACAUGGCACUCAAGUAACAUACAGAUGUCGGCCUGGAUAUAUAAAACUCGGAAGAAUCAUGUUUGAGUGUGUUGAUGGAGCAUGGAAGCAACACCCCACAGGGGCAGAAUGUAGAAAUAAGCCCUGUGGACAUCCUGGAGACACUCAGUUUGGUUCCUUUGAACUUACCAGGGGAAAUGAAUUUGUAUUUGGUGCCAGAGUUGACUACAGAUGUAAUGAGGGAUACUGGAUGGUCAGCCAACGAAAUUACCGUGAGUGUCAGGCAGAUGGAUGGAGCAAUGACAUCCCUUUCUGUCAAGUGGCAAAGUGUUUACCUGUAGAAGCACCGGAAAAUGGAAGAAUUGUUAUGACUGGUGUAUUUGAGCUUUUCCAAGAAUAUUCCUUUGGCCAUGUGAUAGAUUUUGAAUGUAAUGCAAAAUACAAGCUUGUUGGAGCUAAAGAAAUAAUUUGCUCUUCUAAUGGAAAAUGGAAUAACGAUGUGCCUCAGUGCCAAGAGAUUAUCUGUCACUUGCCAAACAUUCCUCAUGGACAUAUCCAUGCCGCAAAGGAGUUAUACAAGGAAUCAGAAGAACUACAUUUUUCCUGUGAUGAAGGAUACAGAUAUGGUGAAAGAGCAGAUGUACAAUGUACUGAAUCAGGAUGGAACCCAGCCCCUUAUUGCACUGAAAUUGUGUGUUUUCCUCCAAGAAUUCCCCAUGGGAACUUUAGACCUCAAGAAGACAGCUACAUGGAAGGUGAUAAAGUCACAAUAAAGUGUGAACCUGGAUAUUAUUUUAAAUCAUUGACUGGCGAAAACAUAUCUAAAUGCACCAAGAGUGGCUGGGUGCCUGAUCCAAGUUGUGUCGAGAAACCAUGUGACUUCCCAGCUAUAGAAAAUGGCAAACUCUCGCAAUCACUGGAGAACUACAGAAACUAUUACUUUCCAAUGAUGUUUGGCCAGUAUGUUGAUUACUACUGCACUGACGGUUAUCAAACCCCGAGUGGAUCAACCUGGUUUCGGAUCGUCUGUUCUGCAGGAGGCUGGUCUCCAGAGCCAAAAUGCCUCAAAAAAUGUCAUCUCCCAUGGCUGCAAAAUGGCUUUUUCCAAGGCAGUCAUAAGAGGGUUUUCACAGAAGGUGAAAGAGUUAAAUACGGCUGCAGUGCUGACUAUGACACUGAACAUGAAGGUGGGGAAAUCACGUGCACAAAGGACGACUGGUCACCCCGUCCGAGGUGUAUCCGUAAAAAACAAUGCCAGAAUAUCAAUUUUAACAACGGUUAUUUCACCGUGAACAAGGGAACAUUUAACUUGCAGGAGACGGGCACCUACCGGUGUCACACUGGCUUUGUAACUCCAGAAAGACAAGAAACAGGAGUGACACGAUGUCAAGAGAAUGGCUGGACUCCACCUCCAAAGUGUAUCAAAUCAUGUAGAAGGCCUCAUUUGGACAUUUUGAAUUAUGACACAAAUAAAACUAUGUUUGUGCCUGGAGACACAAUUGAGUAUGCAUGUUCAGAGGGCUAUCAAACUGCAAGUAAUAAGCCAACUGGUACUGCAAAGUGUGGCAUCAAUGGUGACUGGAGUCCAACUCCCCAGUGCCUGGCAAUAGAAUGUGAAAUACCGCCAUUGACCAAUGGGGACUUUUCGCCCAAGAAGGGCAGAUACCGCAAUGGAGAUGUUGUGAAAUUUACCUGUGCGAGCAAUUAUGUAAGAGUGGGACCUGCCUCUGCUCAGUGCUAUUACUUUGGAUGGUUUCCAUCACCACCAGCAUGUAAUGUGGAUGCCAACGGCUGCGGACCUCCACCUGAGAUUACUAAUGGACAUAUUGCUGGUGGCUCUGUGGAAAAGCAUCGGCACGGGGACAGAAAGCAAUAUGAAUGCAAUGCCGAAUUUAAAUUGGUUGGACCAAAGGAAAUAGAAUGUGUGGAUGGGCAAUGGUCAGCUCUUCCUUCUUGCAUUGAAGAUAGAAUGCCAUGUGGAUCACCUUCCUCUAUUCCGAAUGUUGCUCUUCUUCAGGAAGAUCAGACCCAGUUUUUGCACGGUGAUGAAGUUGUUUGUGGGUGUAAACAACGCUCUGGCAAUUCAAAGGAGAUGAAAAUCAAAUGUCUCAAUGGGGAAUGGAAACCUUUCCCUCUCUGUGCUGAUCCAUCUCCUCAGUGUGUUCUCCCAAAGAAUCUGGAGCUUGUGCACAAUGGUAGUCUUCCCAAACAGAAAAAGAAGAGUGUGUUCCGUGGAGUUAUAACUUACAGAUGUCUAUCACCUGACAGAAGUACUAAACAGGCAACUUGUGUGUCUGGCAAAUGGUCACCAGAGAUUGAUUGUUCAGCUGAGGAGGCAACGUGCCCUCCUCCACCUCAACCACCUCGUGCUCAACAGAUAACAUUUGGAAGAAAUUACAAGCAUGGGAGUAAAAUAGCUUUUUCAUGUCUGAAGGGUUUCCAGCUCAUUGGUGCGAAUGAACUAACAUGUACAGAGGGGAAAUGGCAAUCACCACCUCACUGUGUCGAAAGACCGUGUUUGCCACCACAACCUGUAGAAUGUGCUGAUGUUCCCAGGCUGGAAAAGGGACACUUAACAUUUCAAAAAGAAGGGGAAAUUAUUUAUCUGUCUGGUGCUAAACUAAAGUAUGUUUCUCGUCCUGGAUACGUGUUAAAUGGCUCCUCGGAGAUAACUUGUUCUAUGGGAAACUGGACUUCAGCUCCUACAUGUGUGGAAAGGUCAUGUGGAAGUAUUCCAAAAGUUUCCAGUGCUCAGAUUGAAGGCAGAAACAAGGAAAUGUAUGAGCCUGGUGAAACAGUUCACUACCGGUGUGAUUUGGGGUUCCUGACUGUUGGUUCUCCUGAAAUUAUCUGCAGAGAAGGAAAUUGGUCAGCACCGCCCUCCUGUGAAGAUGUCAGCUGUGGAGCUGCACCUGAAAUUCCCAAUGGUUAUACUACAAGCACCCAACAGAAGCGAUAUUUGCCCGGUGCCAGAGUGCAGUAUGAGUGUGACAGCAAUUUUCAAAUGGUGGAUAGAAAUUUUGUCAUUUGUACAAAUGGACGAUGGUCACAGCCACCAAUCUGCAGAGAUAUGACUUGUGAACCUCCUCCAGAAAUUGCCGGUGGUAGUAUUGAAGGUGUUAAAAAGUCAAGGUAUUUGCCUGGGGAGAGUGCUCACUAUCAGUGCUGGCAAGGCUUCGAGAUGAUGGGCCCUUCCACUGUCAUGUGCCACAGCAGCACCUGGACAGAGCUGCCACAGUGCAAAGGGAGAGGUGGGAAAUGUGGCCCACCACCACUUAUCGAGCAUGGCGAACUUCUGUCGUUCCGCAAGAACAAUUAUGCCCAAGGGACGACUCUGGAAUACAAAUGCCCAAGCCUCUACGUGCUGGAGGGCUCCACCACUAUCACCUGUGCCAACGGGCAGUGGACGAACCCCCCAGUCUGCCUGGUGGCCUGUACAGCAUCUGAAGAAGACAUGGCAAGAAACAACAUUCAGCUGAAGUGGCGUUUGAGGACUAAGCUGUAUUCCAGAUCGGGUGACUUUAUUGAAUUUCGAUGUAAAAGAGGAUACCAGAAAGACCCAUCAUCUUCCCCCUUCAGAGUCCAAUGUGUGGAGGGAACAAUAGAAUACCCACACUGCAAGCCAGCAAAGAACUGUACAUUGGAUGAGCAGAUUAUGAAAGAAAACAACAUUGAAUCGCAGUCACAGAGGCAGCGUGUCUAUCUCACUGGGGACAUCGUCUUCUUUGAGUGCAAACACUGGUGGCACACAAAGGUUUCAGCGGCUGACAGAUUUCGAGCAGAGUGCCUGGAUGGAGUGCUUCAGUAUCCUUCGUGUGGAUCCCGAUUUGGAUAAAUGGCAAUGGGAUGAAGCAGCCCAGCUGUGUGGAAAUGAGACAAACCCAAGCCCACCCAGUGAUCUGAGCUCAGCUUCUCCUGGCCUUCCCUGUUCCACUGUGCUUUGUUUGCAUCUUGGCCUGACUUGGGAUUUGGUAGUGGUUUUUAUUGUGGAUGACCAUGUCCACAUUUUAUCCACGUUUUAUCCGGUUUUGUGAAGGUGGCUACAUUUUACCCAUCUGAAGGGUCGUGCUUGCCUGUUAUCUAGUUUGUGUUGUCCUCACUGUGCUUGUUAUUAACUCAUUGUGUCCUGCAUUAGUCUGGCUGUGGUGCCAUACUGAGAUAAGAAUUAAAGCCCUCAGGUAAUCUGAUCAUCA